AAGCACCUGUGGACCCUUCUGCAAGCGGCCUCCUGAACGGCGGCGAGCAGACAGCACGCCACGCAGACGACAGCGAGCAGUACGGCGGACGUCUUCGGUGCCGGCAUUUGGAUGCGUCGACGAAUGCAUGGCAGUGGACUGACGAGGCCCAGGAGAGGGAGAGGGGGCCGAGGGCGUGGCCUCUCCAGGGGGCGUGGCCUCGGUGCGAUGGCCUCUCCGUACCACCUCCACCAUCAGCAGCAGGCCCCACCCCAGCCUCCACUUCAGGCCCAGCAGCACAUGGGCAUGGGAGUGGGACCUGUGCUAGGGGGUCCCGGACUGGGGGCAGGGCCAGGUGGCCUCGGUCCACCGCUUCUGUCACCGGUCCAGCCCAUGGGUGGUCCCUCGGGAUUCAUGCCCACAGGCCCUCCGGGGCCGAGCGACGGCAGUGGGGAACCAGGAGUCCCCUUGCAGCCUAAGGACUUCAACACGGCCAUCAUGUGUCGCAUGGGCCAGGAGAUUGUACAAGAGAUUGUGGCCAAAGCUAUUGAACUAUUCCAGACCCUCAAGGCACUGCAGCCGCCGACUGGGGUAGCGACCAGCAUGCAGGGCCAGGAGGAGCGCCGCAUCAAGCUGCAGGAGACACUGCGCAACGUCGGGCUGCUCUUCAGAAAGCUCCACCGGGUGCACGGCAUCUGCAGUGACCAGAGUGCAGCUGUGGCCAGCAGCCAGUACACGCCCAUUGAGCCUGACGUGACACUUCAGAGCCUGGUGCCCAUGAUGGACGACCCAAAGCCUAGCGAAGAGAAGAAGCCUUCAGAGGCAACACGUGCACUCCUUGAGGAGCGGGCACGUCUCACUGAGCAAGUGGUGCUCAAGAACCGUCAGCUCAAAGAGGUCAUAGACGCCCUUCGUAACAUCAUCUGGGAGAUCAACACCAUGCUGGCCAUGCGUAAAAG